AUGACGCCUGAAGCGUGCCUCCAAUGUGUGGACCUGGAUGAAAUUACCACGGCGGACGAGCACCUGCUGUGGCAAUCUGCGAGGGAUUCGAAAUGCGACGUUGCAAUCAUCUCUGAUCCAUACCGGAUCCCGCCAGGAAACGGUAAUUGGGUAGCGGAUGAAGCAGGAACCGCCGCUAUAUGUACGGUAGGAAGAUACCCAUACCAAGAAAUUGUGUAUCGCGCAGCUGAAGGCUUCGUGAUCGCCAAAGUUAACGGAAUCUAUAUAUGUAGCUGCUACGCACCGCCACGUUGGACGAUUGAUCAGUUCAACCGGAUGCUGGAUAAGGUAGCAGAGGAACUUAUCGACAGGAGGCCAGUCGUCAUUGCUGGGGACUUCAACGCCUGGGCAGUAGAGUGGGGCAGUCGUUGCACUAACCCUAGAGGUUGGAGUCUACUAGAAGCAUUUGCCAGGCUCAAUGUAGACUUGAUUAAUGAAGGUUCGACGAGCACAUAUCGAAGGGAUGGCAGAGAGUCCAUCAUUGAUGUUACCUUCUGCAGUCCUGCCUUAGCAAGGAACACGAACUGGAGAGUCUGCGAGGACUAUACGCAUAGCGACCAUCAAGCGGUCCUGUAUUGUGUCGGAGGGAGGGUACACUCGGAACCACGCGAGAGCAGUAUCAAGGAGCGAAAGUGGAAGACAGAAUCCUUUGACAAGGAUGUGUUUGCGGAAGCAAUGCGAUUCGAGCGCAAUCUUCAAAAUCUGAGUCCAGACGAGCUGGUUGCAGCAUUGACCCGAGCCUGCGAUGCAACCAUGCCGAGAAAGGUACAGCCACGGUAUGCACGCAGGCAAAUCUAUUGGUGGAAUGAAACGAUCGCAGAACUCCGUCGUAGCUGUUUUCGAGCAAGGAGGAGGAUGCAGAGAGCCCGCAGCGAUGUAGAAAGAGAAGACCGCAGACCAGUGUUUAGGGCGGCCAAAGCCGCUCUUAAAAAGGAAAUUAGGCUCAGUAAGGCAGCCUGCAUGAAUGAGCUCUGCCACAACGCGAAUGCAAACCCAUGGGGGGAUGCAUACAGGGUCGCUAUGGCUAAGAUUAAAGGCCCAGCGAUACCGCUAGAGAGGAGCCCAGAAAAACUCAAAGCAAUUAUUGAGGGACUGUUUCCGUAUCACGAAGCACCAGUCUGGCCUCCCACACCUUAUGGUGAGGCCAACACCAGCAGAGAUGAAGCCCGUGUCACUAACCUCGAACUAGUUACGGCAGCAAAAAGCCUAAAACUAAUAAGGCUCCGGGACUAG